AUGACGCCAACGCCACCAUCGGCCACCGUCUCGUCAACGGGUCGGUCGCCCGAACCGCAAUAUCGAGUCGUCCGCAAGAGGAACAGAGUGCCACUCAGUUGCUAUCCUUGCCGUACAAGAAAAAAAUGUGACAGGUCUCAUCCGUGCAGCAAUUGCACCAAGCGCGAAGGCGCCGACACACUAAAUUGCUCCUACGCUACUCCGGUAUCCCGCAGGAAGAACCAGGGCCAGGCCGAUCCCACCCCCGAUGACAUGCAAAAUCGUAUUGACAGGCUGGAAGGCCUAGUCCUGUCUCUGAUGCACGGAGGCGCAAACAUCGACAUAUCGUCGGGCGGAGUAUCCUCCAGCUCUGGCGGCGUUAGGACCAACUCAUCUCCUUCCGCCGCCGAAAGCAGUCCCUUAGUGGCCAAGGUUGACGGGCCAGACGACGGUAUGAUGCAGGAAGACGACGACAGCGACACCGACAGCGGCUUGGCCAAAUCCCUAGGCGUCCUGAAGGUAGAUCCGGUGAAGUCCAAGCAUGUAUACCUCGGAGAGGAACAUUGGCACACAAUCCUGCUUGACAUUGCCGAGGUCAAGAACUACUUUGCAAACCACAAGAAGGAAGUGGAGAAAACUUAUGAGAGGGUCAGGCUCACCAAGCCUCCUACGGCCAAGGACCCGCCAAUCUUGUUGAUGGGCGCAACUCCUGCAUCCGAGGUCGAGCUCAGGGCAGAGCUGCCGCCAAAAUCGACCGUCUUGACGCUGUGCGCGAGGUACUUCAACUCAAUGGAUAAUGCUGCCACCAUGAUUAUCCACCAGCCGACAUUCUACCAACAGCUUCGCAACCACUGGCAAGAUCCGUCCAAGACGCCCAUUAUGUGGCUGGCCGUGCUCUAUUCGGUCCUUUGUUUGGCAAUGAUGAGUUACCAGAAAGUAGGAGACGAGCCGUCCGAGUGGAAAGGGCGGACAGCAGAGCUGGCCGAUGAAUACCGGCUGCGGACGGUGCAGUGCUUGAUUGCUGGUGACUACACAAAACCGGGCGCGUAUACGGUCGAGGCCAUGAUCCUUUACUCUUUUGCCGAAUACUCGUCUCGCUGGGACGCCGAGUUGGGCCUGUGGAUAAUUAUCGCCAUGACUGUGAGAACUGCGCUUCGAAUGGGCUAUCAUCGAGACGCCAAAUGGUUCCCUACACUGUCUCCAUUUCAAGCCGAGAUGAGGAGGAGAACUUGGGCGUUUCUGAGGCUGUCUGAUGUGCUCUUCUCGAAUCAAGUAUCACUCCCCAGCAUGAUCUCCGAGAACGACUGCGACACAGAAUUGCCUCGCAACAUCUUCGACGAUGACUUUGGCCCAGACACACAGGUCCUCCCACCGUCAAAACCCCUCACCGAGCCGACGCCCAUUAGCUACAUGCUCUUCAAGGUCAAGCUGUGCCUUGAAUUGGGCACUAUUCUUCAGGUUACAGGCAGGGUCAAGAAUCAGGCACACUAUGACGAGAUCCUUCGGUUUGAUGCCAAGCUGCGCGACAUCCGCGCCGAGCUCCCCCCUCACCUGAAGAUGCUGCCGCUGGAAUCCUCUACCGAGUCAGCCACCCUUACCGUCACGCGCUUCAGCAUUGAUAUUCUCUACCUGAAGGUUGUUUGCGUGCUGCACAGGAAAUACAUACCGCGAGCGCGAAACAACCCCAGAUACGCCCACUCGAGGCGCGCCGCCAUCGAGGCGUCCUUGGAGAUGCUGCGACAUCUGGUGACGCUCCACCGCGAGUCACAACCUGGUGGGCGGCUAGAGUCAAUGCAGUGGUACGUCACGUCGGUGGCGACCAAGGACUUCCUUCUUCCUGCGAUGCUCAUUGCGCUCGACCUGCAUUUUGACAAUGCUCAACGAUCCGGGACACGAGGUGGCUCGCAAGGACCCCCUUUCUGGAGCCCGGAAAUGCAUCAGGAGAUGAUUAACAGCCUUGACCUGACAACAGAGAUAUGGAAGGGGCUAGCCGACGUCUCGGUAGAGGCGUUCAAGGCUUCUAAGGUGCUUGAGAUCAUGUUGACCAAGAUCAAGAGCUCCAAUAGCCCCAGUGCCUCGGAUAGCUCUCCCGAUGUAGCAAUGAGGAACGGCGUCUUCGGUGCCAAUGACUCGCCGGAACUCAGAUCGGAGCACUCAGCAGCCAUGGGGCUGGGCAUGCUCUCCAACGGUGCGAUGCCACUCACUGCGGCCGCAUUCCAUUUGGCGAGGACACCGGUCGGCUCGGCGUACUCCGGAGUCGACUUGACACGCCCGAGGCAAGAUAGCGGUAUGGGUGCGAGCAUCACAACGAGCACAAGCACCGGUUCAGGAACCGGCGUAUCGUCUGAUUUCUCGGGCGCAGUGCUGGGCUAUGACGGCGGACAGUCUCCGCUAAGCAUGUUUGGAAACAUGGCGAGCGGUAACAUGGACUAUGCGGCUAACCUAGACUGGCUAGCCUUUCCCCUCCCGCAAGCUAUUGGCUGUGUUCUUACUGACAAUGCUGUGUUCAAGGAUUCGUUCGAGAACUAUACGCAGACGGCACACUGGGGCGCCGAGUCGUUCCUGUUCUUUUCCGGCAACACGGAUCCAUCGCAGCAGCAAGCGCCACUGGAUAACAGUCUAUUCCCUUACGGCCAAGACCCGACGGGGACUAGCUGA